CACCCCCCCAUUCUUCCUGUGAGCGAAGGGAAAUACUAGCAGUCAGCCAUUUGGGCUCGUAGAAAAUUGGCUUCUCAAGCACUUGAUUUAGAACGCGUAGCUUUCGUUCUUGUCCGCCCCAUACUCUCUCCUCAUCCCUCGCCUUCCAAGCUUCCCAUGGCGGCGAGCAGGAAACCCUCGAGCACGUCCUCCGACAAAACGCCAUCCUCCAACCCGAAACCAGUGCCAUGGGGAAGCGUGCUCGUCACAAUUCUGCUAGUUGUGCUCUUCUACGCGCCGCUAAUUGCGAUGAGUCGUCAGAUUAUCUUCGGAAGGCGAAUUCUCCCGCGGCCGGCUGCCUCUACGCCGGUCGACCAGUUCAGUGAGGAGAGGGCCAUGGUCCACGUGACGAAGCUGGCGGGCGACAUAGGCGACCGGCAGGAGGGCACACAAGGCUUGGCGGAAGGCGCCAAGUAUAUUCUGGCGGAGGUUCAGCGACUUCGGGCAAAAGCCAGUGCGCGCCUCCGGGUGGAGGUGGAGGAGAGUCGUGUGAGCGGGUCCUUCAGCAUGGUCUUCCUGCAGCGCAGCCUCUCCCUCGCCUACCAGAACCUCACCAACGUCGUCGUCAGAAUAUCCAAUGCUGCAGUGGACCCGGACACCACGCCCUCUGUGCUCAUGAACGGCCACUUCGACUCCGCCCUCGGAUCCCCAGGAGCAGCUGACUGCGCCACAUGCGUUGCGGCGAUGCUGGAGGUGCUGCGGCUGUAUGUGGAGGCAGACCGCACGCCCACUGUGCCGCUCGUCUUCCUCUUCAAUGGCGGCGAGGAGGUCUUCAUGAAGGCGUCGCACGGGUUCAUCACGAGGCAUCACUGGAGUGAGACGGUGGGCGCCAUGGUCAAUUUCGAAUCCACGGGGACAGCGCUGCCAGAGAUGGUGGUGCAGAGUGGGCCUGUGUUCUGGCCGCAGCGUGUGUACGGCAAGACUGCCGUCUACCCCUCCUCCAGCGUUGUGUGCCUUGACAUUUUCCCGCACGUGCCAGGCGACGACGACUACCGCAUGUUUUCGCACGACUUUGACGACGUGCCCAGCCUCGACAGCAUGUACCUGCUGGGCGGCACAUACUACCACACCUCUCGGGACUCUCCAGAACAUGUCAUGCCAGGAGCCCUGCAGCUAAGAGGGGAGAACCUGAUGCCGCUGUUGGAGGGGCUCUCCCGGGCACCAGAGCUCAAGACGCGCGCGCAGAGGCGCAUGGCCGCAUGGUCUGAGCCGCGCACUUCAGGCAGUCCCACUGUUGGUGGGGGUGGGGGUAGGGGUGCUGCUGGUGGUCGUGGUAGCGGUGGCAACAGCACGGGGGCCAGCAUGCCCAAGGACAUACCCGUUUUCUUCGACCUCUUUAACAUGCGAAUGGUGAUGUACCCUCGGGCAGUGGCCGUUGCCAUGAACGUGGUGUUCUUGGCAGCGCUCUUCUUCGUCCCCUCGCACACCACUGCAAUUAAUUCCGGCCUUAAAGAUGCCUCCCACCGCGCCCAGCACAUUCGAUCGGCCUUUCUCACCUACUUUGCGGGCUGGCUGCUGUCUCUCCUCGUGCCCAUGCUCGUGGCUGCUCUGCGCGUCGCUGUCUCCGGCCGCCCCAUGACCUGGUUUUCCCAUCCCCUGUACGCGCAGCUGAUGUUCUUCCCUGCAGCCGUAUUCGGGCUGCUGCUGCCGCACUACAUACGAGCAGGGGGGACCCUCACCAAGCCUGCAUCCCUCACCCACCAGCAAGAGGUGGCCUUUGUGUGGUCAUCGCACUGGGGAUGCAUCUCUUUUAACGUCGCCCUCUGUGCUUUGGUGAUGCAUGGUUUUGGUGGCAGUGGGGGCUUCAUCAACUGGUGGUGGGCGCUGUUCAUGCUCCCUGCUCUCCCCCUCUACACCGCGCUCCAAGCCACCCUCGGCAAAUCAAAUCCCCUAGCUGUGUUGGGCUACCUGCUGCCAGGCGCCCUCCCUGCGGCGUUCUCCGCCACCUUCUCUGUCUUCUUCCUGGAGUUCAUCUCCGAGAAAAUGGGCGCCACUGGCACUGCGCCUCUCCCCUUUGGUCCUUUUCUCGCGGACGUGGUUCUUGCGGCAUGCACGGGCUUCUGUGCGUGUCUCCUCAUGGCGCCCUAUGCUGCCCUCCUCUCCCGUUGGCUCGCGCGCCCUGCUGUCCUGCACGCCCUUCUCCUCUCCUCCCUGCUCACUGCUGCCGUUACGUCCGGGCUCUUUCCUUAUGCCCCCCACGCCCCUAAACGAGUCCUCCUGCAACGAGUAUACCAGCUGCAAGGCGGCAAGGCAGUGAGGGCGGAGACAACAGUAGCGAGCGGCGACUCCAACGACGCCACCUUCACACUGCGCCAUGUCCCGGCCCUCGCUCACUCCCUGGGCGUGCCUCUGCAUGCCACGACCAACCUCUCUGUGCUCACCAUCGCAAACCCGUCCAACCUACUGGCACUCUACCCUGUCUCAAGUCUCCUAGACCGCCCCUUCACCUUCCCCGCUCCUCUCUCGCCCCGGUUUGAAGACCCGCACUUCCUCCUGCCUUCCCUGCGCGUGCUGCACCAAAACACCUCCAUCCCGGGGCAUCAAUGGGCCGGCGGUGUGGGCGCAUACCUUGACAGUGAAACAGCGGCUGCUGGUAGUGGUGCUUCUGGUUUCAAUGGGGAGCGUGGAGGUGGGAGGAGUCUGGAGGAGAUGGAUGAGCGGGAGAUAGAGAACUAUGGGUGGAACCUCGAUGGGGAGGGGGAUGGAGGGGCAGCACGGAAGAAAGUGGGGAAGCGGCGGAGAAUUCACCUGGAGCUGACAGCAGGGUCGCUGUCCCACGUGUGGUCUGCUGUGCUCAACAUCACCGGCCCUGUCACCCGCUGGUCCCUCACACCCACCCUGCCAGCGCGGGAGAGGGUUGCCGGAGGACCGCCGUCUCUCAUGGUGCAUUACUCAGGGGCAUUCCCAUGGCAGCUGUGGCUCGAGGUGAGAGGGCGGCGCAGGAUACGUAUUGACCUGGCAGUGCUGGACCACGAGGUGGAUGCUGAUGUAGCAGAAAUGAAAAGCCUCCUGCCAGACUGGACUGCUCCUAUAGUGUCCUCUUCCUAUGUUGCCCACUAUAUUGUGUAAAUACACCUGGUAACUGUGAAGUGCAAUUAGGAGGGUGCUAUUACAACUGUGUAGGACACACACAGCUCAGAGAUUGCAUUGUGUUGUGCUGAUGUGAGUUACAAAUUGUUAAUG